AUGGACAGUUAUGACGAGUUGACUGACCAGUGCUACUGGAGUGGUUGCGAAGAAAGUUGCAAAGGUGACGAGCACGACGUUGCAACAGCUGUCAGCUCACCCGACCAGACAUGCAACCUCUUCAAGUACAUGUCUCACUACUGCUGCAAGUCUUCUCAACCGCCACUCCGAAGCUGCCAUUGGGUCGGCAAGGGCGACUGCGCAGACAACACAUGCUCGGCCACCGAGGUGACGGUGCGGACCAACUCUCAAGGAGACAGCCUCGUGGAUUGUCUCUGGGGCCGGAAGAAGGCGCUCUGCUGCACCCCAAAUGACGAUGUCUUCGACACACCCACAUGUGGCGGAAGCCUUUGUGACUACCCAGGCUCCGGAUUCAACUGCGAUGAAGAACUUUAUGCGGACGACUACUCUGAUGAAGACGAGUGCGAACCGGCAUUCUGCCCCAGCCUUGACCGUCGUGGAAGCAAGCGACCACCGUUCAUAGUGGCAUGGGAGCAGGUUAUCAACGGUAUCGUCCGCAAAUUCAGACUUGAGUUACAGAUGAGAGGGGCUCCAGGCUCCAGCAACCUCCACAGAUCUACGCGAAGCACCCCGGCCAGCAAUAACGUUUUCAGGAUGGCACAGAAUGAUUGCCGUUCGACAGAAAACGAGGUCCUGGACAGAUCCACAAUGAGUUCCCAGGAGUUGAGAAAGGCUGUCGAUACGGAGCAAAAUCCCGAUGGGCAAUACACCCGUGACUUUGUUAGGACCAUGGCCACUGGCAUCCUCCCCAACGGCUCGACCACUACCAACGGCCCUAUGCACGGCCCCGACCUCGCGGACAACUGGAACGCCGAGGUCUUGCCAGCGAACUUGCCUCGUGCUGGAUCCAGUCAUACGCUGCGGACACCGAAUGGCUACUUGUUUGACCGCUUUGGUUCGCAUGGUAACCGGGAGCCGUUUGUGCUGUGCGAGCGCGUCAUGAACCAGAUGAAGGGCCGCAUCUACAACUUGCGUCAACCAUCACCCAAAGCGGACAACGGCGGUAAUACUGGUGGCGGUUCUGGGUCCGGUAGUAACGAUCCGGACAGCGAUGUCGGAGAACGGCCAGGUAUUAUAGGAGAUGAACGGUUUCAAACGCUGUUAAUCAACAUGUUGAGGGGAGAUGUGGCAGCGCAAACAGAGAUGUUCGACAGCAUUCGGAUGGCCAUCUGCGUCUUCCGUUACAUCAAUCACCCCGACGCACUGCCGACGGUUCAACGCAAUCGCCGAGAAAUCCGCGCUGCGGUCAUAGCAAUAGCCAAGUUCGUCAGGCCCUUGAGCGAUGCCGCGGCUAUUCGCCGGGAGUUUGACAGCAAUUGGUACCGCGAGUGCGCUGACAGAACAAGAGCGUGGGUGGUCGACAGUAUCUUAGAGAUACGCUUGAAUUUCGGUCAGCUCCAGCGAGAUGGUAAUUUACCACCUAAUGCCGCCGAAGUUCAAGAUAUCUUGGACGCUCUUUCAGAUCAGAUUCAUUAUAUUCAACCACCGCCUGAUAUUUGA